AUGGUCGACUUUAUCUGGGAUAUAAAUUCAAAGGAAGCUGAAGCAAAUUCAAGCAGAGAUGACGAUGUGAAUCCCAGAAAGGAUGACAAUUUCAUUGACUAUGAAGGAAACACUGUUGUGACCUUUAAUUUACAGAAUUAUGUUGAGAACAAGAGAGUUGAACCAGUCGUUGGUGAAAAGAAGCAAGAAAAUGUAACUGAAAGCUCUACCAUGGCGAAGCCAUUGCCAGAGCAUAAAAUGUUCAUCAAUUUCUGGGGAGACGACCUGCGUCAUGGCUUUGUUGGCGAGGCCUUGAAAAAGGAUGGAGUCUAUAUAGAUGUUGAUGAGUUGCCGCGUGGAGAUCUUACAGAACUUCUUGUGAAUGGGAUUAAGGAGUCGAGGAUCGCACUGGUAAUCUUCUCGAGCGGGUACGCAGAAUCAAGUUGGUGCUUAAACGAGCUGCUGAAGAUCAAAGAACUUAUGGAAAGAGGGAAACUAUUAGUCAUUCCAAUCUUCUACAAAGUGGAGCUAUGGGAGGUUACACAACUAAAGGGUGAUUUCGGGGUUAAAUUUUGGAAUUUGUGGCGUAUUAAUCGGGAUAGCCAUAUCGUUAGCUGGAAGGAAGCUUUGGAGUCUGUUGCGUCCAUGGAGGGGAUCUAUUUGAAGGAGCACAGUUCUGAGACCGAGUUCAUCACUUUUGCCGUCAAUGAAGUCCUAAAGAGAGUUUCUCUGUGGGAAGGAGAAAAUCCAUCUCUCUUUCCUUCGACAGAGAGAGGAAAAAGUACUGGAUUGCCCAUAGGGACAGGUGAAAAGCAUAAAACUUAUCAGAACAAGCAGCACCUCUUUGGAAUGGAACAUCACAUGGAGCAAUUGGAGAAGAAGUUAGAGUUUGACUGCGACAAAACUCGCAUUAUUGGAGUUGUUGGAAUGCCUGGUAUUGGUAAAACCACUCUCGCAGUGAUGCUGCACCAGAAGUGGAACAGCCAGUUUAUACGCUGUGUGCCUCUUCUAAAUAUCCGUAAGAAGUCAAACGACUAUGGACCAGUGUGGCUGCGAAAGACUCUUCUGGAAGUUUUAAUAGAGGGAAAGUUUCCAUUGAUAAGUGACAAGACAACGCAUGAAUCUGUGAAGGAUACAUUGCUUCAUACUAAAUUUCUUCUCGGUAACCUUGGUUGGAUUAAGAAGGGAAGCAAGAUUGUUAUUUCAACAUGUGACAAGUCAUUGCUUGAUGGAUGUGCUCAUGAUACUUAUGUAGUACCGGUAUUGAAUGAUAGAGAGGCCUUUCAGCUCUUUAAUUAUCAUGUCUUCGAUGAUAAAAUCCGCAGUUCCACCAAUACCUUCCUGACGCUCUCUAGAAAGUUUGUGGAUUACGCUCGAGGACACCCACUUGCUCUCAGUUUACUUGGUAGGGAACUUCGUGGGAAAGACCGGGAUCACUGGGAACAUAAAUUGGCAACACUGACAAGCUCCAAUAUGAUGUUCCAAGAUGUGUGGAGAUUUUCUACUGAUCAACUUAAUGAGCGGCAGAAAGAUGUGUUUCUAGACAUAGCGUGUUUCUUCAACUCAGAGGAUGAAUAUUUUGUUAGGAGUUUACUAGAUUCAGGAGAUCCUGACUCCAUUGAUACUGUGAGUGAAGUAAGAGAUCUCGCCAACAAGUUCCUGAUUACAAUAUCUGACAGCCGAAUAAUUAUGAAUGAUAUGAUGUAUACGUUUGGCAAGGACCUUGGUUCUCCUCGUUGGCUUAGGCUUUGGAACUACGAAGAUUUCAUCAACAAGUCAAAAACAAUGAAAAAAUCAGUAAGUAUAUUUUUAUUCUAG